GUUUGGAUGACUGCUGAUGAACGAACGAAGGGUGGCGACACAAGUGGAAUUUGCAGAGAACAAGGAGGGGGGACAAGCGGUCACCGUCCAUGGUCUUUUGUCCGGAUGAGCACGUAAGCAGCUUGUGUGUGAAGCCCUCGGGCGGUUGGUAAGAGCUCCACCACCACACAACGCGUCCUCGUCGUGGUGAGGAGGAGGAGGACUUGGAGCUCCCUUGCCGCCUUCCCCGUCCACCUCCCUGUUUUAGGUUCUACUUUGUUGUCUUCAAUAUAGCACAAGGUAUUUAUUGAAGCUGGUCUCCAUUCCAAGGCUGCGUUGCGGCCUGCAAACAAACCAAGGGAAGAUAUGGAAGGAAGAGUUGAGGAGGAGGAGCAGCAGUUGCCGCCUGGGUUUAGGUUCCAUCCCACCGACGAAGAGCUGAUCACCCACUACCUCACCCACAAGAUCACUGAGGCGGACUUCGAUGCGAGAGCAAUCGCGGAGGUCGACCUCACCAAGUCCGAGCCAUGGGAUCUCCCUGAGAAAGCGAAGCUGGGGGAAAAGGAAUGGUACUUCUUCAGCUUGCGGGACCGCAAGUACCCGAGCGGGGUCAGAACCAACCGAGCCACCAACGCCGGCUACUGGAAGACGACCGGGAAAGACAAGGAGAUCUUCGACAGCAGCACCUCCGAGCUGGUGGGGAUGAAGAAGACGUUGGUGUUCUACAAAGGGAGAGCUCCGAGAGGGGAGAAGACCAACUGGAUCAUGCACGAAUACCGUCUCCACUCCGAGCUUGCCUCAAAAUACAUCAAGGAUGAGUGGGUCGUCUGCCGUGUGUUCAUGAAGAGUAGUUCUUCCGGGAAGAAGUACCCGCCGAGCCAGCCGCGAGCCAACCCUUAUUAUGUCGAGUUGGGGCCUGUCUCGACGCCUUCUCUCAUCCAGAAUGAGCUGAUGGAGUUGUCGAGGUUCGCCAGAGACAGCCAUGGCCCGACCUCACCGAUCCAACCACAGCUCAGCUACCAUGGAGGAGGAGGAGGAGGAGGAGGAGGCUUCACCCUCGCAGGUAUGAAGCUGAAUAUGGGCGCCCUGCCACCGCCGCCGUCACCGGCAGCGAUGCCAGUUCCUCUAUUCCAGCCACUGGGGGUGGCUGAGCCGCCGCCUUCGUCGGCCAUUGCCAACGGUUUCGUGGGAGCCAUGGAUGGCGGAUUUGGCUCUGAUGUCAGGUACCAUAGUAUGGACUCUGCCACGGAGCUCGAUGUUUUCUGGUCUCCUUACUGAAGGAGAGGCAAGAGAAGUUUCUCGUUGAGAACUGCACCAUUAGAUAGUUGUACUGUUGGCGAUCUUUUGUGAGAUUUCGUGUUCUUCUGCCACACUUGAUUGAAACAUUAGAUGGAAAAACUGAUGGUUUUAGUUUCUUUAUUAA